AUGGCCGCAAACACCAUCCAGGACGACCCGCUCGCCGUCGCCGCCAAUCUCUCUCGCAACAAAUUACGCCUCGCCCGUCUCGGUGCCGCUCUCCAGGUGUUGCAAGCAGCACCAACGUCUGCAGGCAUUCAGCAGAAUCAGAAGCACCUCGUCAAUCUCCAACAUGCCCAGCAGCUUGCACUCGACGAUGCUCGUCGACAAAUUAUUGCCCUCAGCCGGACACAGGCCACUCUACCCGGCGGUAUCCCCAACUGGCACGAGUACAUGAACAUCCUGCUCAGAUAUCGGCAUCAUGGCCAUGCUGUUGCACAUGCUCAGCCAGACUCGUGGAACGACCAGGUGCUCGAAAGCAUAGAAUCUACCUACAAACCACAUCCCGACAUGCUCUCGUCGCAUCGACGCGCCAUUGAAACAGACGACUCGUCUGUCGGGUGUCUCUCACCGGCGAGUGCAGAACACCUCCUCCUAUUCGAGGAAAGCCAAGUGCCUAUUACUAGUGUCGACUUUGCCGAGUCGCCUAGCUCGACCGGCUAUGAUACUGAUCCUGGAACGCCGUACGUCAGCGAGCCGGGGACGGAGACCGACAGCGUCUCGAGCGGGCCCAUGUCUCCGACGGAUGACUUUGUAUUCCACGAACUCCCGUCGGGACUCAAGUCACCCUCGCCCUUUGUUUCCCAUCCCCCAGUUCACAUCCUCCACCGGCAUUUUCUUGCGCCCGCGGAGGCGCCCAAGAGUAAGCCGUUUUCGUACGAGGACAUCCUCGCCCUUUACGACAUUUUCGACAAGACCGGCAUCGAGUAUUACAUAUUCGAACGCAAGCGAGACCCACUUCAUCAUGGGCAUCUCGAGAUCAAGAGCUGUCAAAAAGUGGACCUAUUGACGCCAUUUGUGCAAAUCAGCCGCCGUUUUGUCCGCCCUAAUACGCAUACUCAAAUUCCACUCGAAAUUCUUCUUAGAAUGUCGCGUGUCAUUGUCAACUCGUUUGCCUGGCCUCAACCUGGCGAGACCUGGCGCGAGUUUCUAGGUGCUAGGACGGAGCGCUACCGUCGUGAAAAGGAGGAACUCGACGCACGUGUGCCACCCGAGCUCCGACGCGCCGAACACGCAGACUUUUGCUACUCGUUCAUGAUGACCGUGAACGAGUACAUUGGAUCCAAUCCAGCACUCCUGGACUCUGUCAUCGAUGCUACCCGUCUCAGGGAAAAUGAAAAGUGGGACUAUGUCCUGGCUUAUCGAUGCAUCUGGGAGAACCUUGGUCUCCUGCGCUAUGCUCCCCCACACAAGGCGGGCACACCACCUAGUUCGCUCUCUAGAGCCCGCGGUCGGUCUCAUAAUCAACAUGGCUUCGUUAGACUCGCUUCCCCGCACGCAGCAUGGCCUGCGCACCCAAUCUUCGUUUGA